CGCGGGGAGGACUGUGCGCAGGGACCGGGGCCGGCCUGUCUGGCUGGCAGCCGGUGACCGCGGGCCGGGCCGGCGGGAGCGGGGCGCCAUGGCCGUGGACAUCACGCUGCUGUUCAAAGCCAGCGUGAAGACGGUGAAGACCCGGAAUAAGGCGCUGGGGGUCCCGGCCGGCGAGAGCCCCAGGGACGAGCUGCUCAAGCGGGGCAGCCAGCGGCCCAAGAGCGACUUCUCCUGCCGGGCCCGCGAGGUGAUUACUAAUAUUGGGAAGCUGAAGGAUUUUCUUCUGCAACACAGAAAGAAUUACAUUAAUGCUUACAGCCAUCUUAUGUCUGAAUACAUUAGGAUGACAGACCCAGAACGUGAUCAGAUUGAUCAAGAUGCUCAAAUAUUUAUGAGGACAUGUGCUGAUGCCAUUCAACAGCUGAGAACGGAAGCACACAAGAACGUCCAGUCCCCACAAGUGAGGGAGCACAGAGCAGCUGUCUUGGAUUUCAUUGAAGAUUAUUUAAAAAGAGUGUGUAAGCUGUACUCUGAACAAAGAGCCAUCCGAGUCAAACGAAUGGUAGAUAAGAAAAGAUUGUCCAGGCUGGAACCUGAACAGAGCAAUAAAGCUCAAGCAUCCUCUUUCCCUGAAAAAAUUAUAAAGAAUUCUUCAGAAGAAUCUGAAGAAAAACCUGCUUAUGAGGAAAACAAAGAUCAGAAUCUGACAGAUGCCAACUCCAACUUUGGGCUGUGGGGGGAUGGCAAAGGUGAAGAUGAACUGUCACCUGAAGAAAUUCAGAUGUUUGAACAGGAAAACCAGCGACUUGUUGGUGAGAUGAAUAGCCUAUUUGAUGAAGUGAGACAAAUUGAAGGGAAAGUGGUUGAAAUCUCCAGACUUCAAGAGAUAUUCACAGAAAAAGUCUUGCAACAGGACACUGAAAUUGACAAUAUUCAUCAGUUAGUUGUGGGUGCAACAGAGAAUAUCAAAGAAGGCAAUGAAGACAUAAGAGAGUCACAGAUGUACACAGCACAUGGCAGAACAGCUUAAGACACACAUACUAGAGAUCUCAUCUUGACUGGAUUCCUACUCGCAAUGAAAGGCUUUUGGCCCUUUGAGGAACUAGUAGAUGUACCUAUUGUAUGGCCCAGCCCAGAGUUCUUGAACAUUCCCCACCAGUAAGGCACUGGUCAGAGCCACCAAAUGAGCUCCCUGUUGUAAAUGUUUUGUGGGGCUGGUUCCAGACCUCUCUACCUGUCCUGCAGCCUUUGUCUUAGUUCAGGACAUCAUCCUGUAUCCUUUUUAUCAGUUUUCCUAAUGCCCACAUUAGAAAAGAAACUAACACAGAGGGGUGACAGAGAUAGUGUGUACACCUCAAGUCUGGGACACCAGUCUUUUUCACAGCCUGCUACAGUAGCUAGUCACAGGCAGAGUCCUUCAUGCCUGUGGCAACUGUGGUUUCCAGCUUGGCCUGAAUUUGACUGCAUCAGGAUGGCUCUUGAGUUCUCUUGAGGUGGGCUGCGUUAAUGGCCUCAAUGCUUCCUUUAGGAGGAGAGUGACUCUAUUCAGCUCCACUAAUUUUGUUGUGGAGCUUCCAAAGCUUCAGGUGUAAUGUGCAAGGCUGUGCUGGCCUCUAGUUGAUCUAUUGAAAUUGUUUUGACCUAUUGUCUCUGGGUUCAACAGAACGCAAGCACGCUGGCAUCUGGGGCUAAAAACUCCUUUGUGGGUAUGUUAAGGUAACUCCAUAUCCUGGAGAAACUGACCCAGGCUGUUUAGAUGAGAGUGGAAUGACCCAUGUCUCCAGCUGAGACUCCUGUAAGUCAGACCAGUAUGUAGCCAGUUCAGAGUGCUUCAGAGGUGCAGUCUACCUCAUGGCAGAUAUCUGGGUUAGGCUCACAAUGUCAAAAUUCACCCAGCAUCUAAAUAAGCCAUUGCUUUAUGUCUGCUGCCUGGUGGAAGGAGACUUCAUUGUGGAAAGGCUUAGAGGCUAUAAAGCUAUCCCACAAGGCCAAAUUAGGAGCCAACACAAAUUUAUGCUAUUGAGCCACUGGCACAGAGCUGCACCAUGAUUAUUUCAGAAGCAACAAGGUUGGUCGUCAGACUCUCUGGGACAGGAUCACUGGCUCCCUAAAGUGUCAAGACGAGAAGCAGUUAGUUAUUUCCUGUGUCUCAGUUCUUGGUUGUUGAGGUACAGAGCUGUCUCACAAUCCAGGACCCUCUGGGCCUGGAAGCAGGAGUCAAGACACAUGCAUUUUACGGUGGUGUGGUUGUGACACCAUUGCAAAGCUAUUCCAUAGAGCAUAGCUACUAAAGCCUUGAUGCAAGUAUUUCCAAUGCAUAACAUGCCAUGUGAUCCACCUCUCAAGGCAGCUAGAGAGUCAUGUGGAACUGACAAAGCCAUCCAUGACAUUUUAUGGUCAAAGCAGGGUCUUACUUCCAUGAGAUUUCCACACAGCUGUGCUCCAAGCAUGACCAACAACACUGAAAGCCUCAGAUCAGGUAAUGUUAAUGCAGCUGGCGCUUCAUGGUCUAAGCAGCUGUACCAUUGCCAUGGGAGAUGACAAUAUAGCAUUUUUAAGUGCACACAGACACUUUGAAGCCUUGGAUGCACAGAACAACGUAAAGAUUUGAGACAAUGGAGCCUGAGGCAUCCAUGACAUGGUAGGACUGCCCAUCACAGCCAGGCAUCGAUUCAACAAGGGCCUAAAAACAAGUUGUUUCAGUUUGAAGAUGGCCCACAAUGUGUGGACAUCAGAGUAGAGUAAACUAAGUUUGACUCAAGGACGUUGCAUAAAGGCCACACUGCCAAGACACCCCAUGGCACUAGAACUACUGAGGCGGGACACUCUUUACCCUUUGCAAACAAAGCACAUCAGCAUCCUAGUCUUGGGGACAUCGAUGCAAGAGAACUUUAAUGCAGGCAAAGUUAGCAUGGACAGUCUGCCCAAAGGGCUGCAUGGUCAAUGUAAGACAGUUAAAGUAAUCUUUGCUGGUGCAGACUUUUCCUUGGUCUCAGAAUGUGAGAUCUGUGCAGAGCUUUGCCUGAUCUUCCAGAAAAGAGGCACAGGCAUUGGCACCAAAGACAGACUCAAGUCAGCAUUGCGUCAGUUUUAGGCCUCAUGACAUGUAGAUCAAUUAUUGCAGCAUAGCUUUGAUAUUCUAUGGAUUUAUCUGACAAAAAUAUAUGUACCUUUAUGAUCCCUUGUAUCAUGAGAUGGUCAUAGAUCUACACUUCCUUUUGGAAAUAGUCUCCACAAAACCCUCACCACUGGGACUGUAACAAGUAGCAAUAAGGGUCUUUGCAUGAGCUGUAUGUACCAGUGCAUUAAAGAGCCAGAAAGCUUUGAGAGCCAUGGGAGAUCCCACCUGUCCUUUGUUAGAAGGACAAGACCAAGAGUAGGAAUCCAGUCAAAUAAUAGCCUCAGAAAUGCUGAAUUAGAGGUAAGAAGUUUUCCCUUCACUGACCAGUCAAGGUAGAAAAGGCAAGCAAAGACAACAGAGUACAUGGGACAGCAAUUCAAGUAUGGGAGGAUGUAGAGAGUUUACUGCUGAGCAGAAUAUGAUACAAGUCUUCCUGGAAGAAACAGCUUUUAUUGCAGUAGCACUUAACAGGCCCAACUGAGAUAAUCAUUCUAGGCACUGUACAAACACAUAGUCCCUGCUCAGAGAGCUUUCAAUCUCAAUAGACAAAACGGACACAGGUUAGGAGAAAGUAUUAUUGUCCCCAUUUUAAAAAUGAGACAGGCACAGAAAGCAAGUGACUUGCCUAAGGUCACACAGGAAAUCUCCAAGGCAUAAACAGAAAUUGAAGUCUGAUCUCCUGAGGUCCUGAACUCAGGCAGGGUUGCUGAGUGAAAGCCUUACUAUCUGUGCCACCAGGAAACUAGCUAACACUCCCACAAACAGAGGCUGAACUUGUUGGCUCAGCAGGAUCAGCUCACUAGCAGCAGACUGCUGACUGGACAUAUCACAGCAUAAAGCGUCCUGUUCCUGACGUAGCCAGUUGCUAGGCCUGCUGCUGACCAGACCCAUGAGAUCAAGUUCCUGCCUCCUCGCCUGGUUCCCACUCCUUGUGCCUGUUACCACUUCCUGUUCCUGCUUCCUCACUGCAAUUCUGGCUGUGACCCUUGGUGUGACUCCUGACCUCAACCCUGACACAGCACAAGGACUGGGCCUACCCCAGAAACACCCCAAGGCUCUUCCCCUUCGCACCAGGUGUGGGCAGGCGGGCUCAGCAAGGCAGAAUCCAAGUGUGGAGGGGGUUAGUGUGGGGGGGAAUCCAGGUGUGGGUUGAGUGCUGUGUGGGGCAAUCUGGGUGCGGGCGGCUCACUGGGGGGAUUCCGGUUGCAGAAGCUUAUUGGGGGGUUCUGGGUGCAAUGGUAAUCGGACUCUGCAGGGGGGUCCAGGUGAAGAUGGUUGGGGCUCAGAAGGGUGGGGAUCCAGGUGGCUCGUCGUGGUGGUCCAAGUGCAGGGCGAAUGGGGCGGGGGCUCAGUGGGAGGUUUGGGUAUGAGGGGGUCUGGAUACGCAGGGGUUGGGCAGAUGGGGAAGCAGCUCCCUGUGUAGGGAUCCUGCUGCAUCUGAGGAGCGAUGCAUUCAGGAAGUGGGUGGGAGGAUUUGCAGAGCUUCCUGCAGCUGGGGAAGAAAUCUGGGGUCUGACCUGGCCCCAGAUACCGUGCAGGGGAAGAGGAAGUCCCAUCCCCCCGAGCCCAGCUGGGACUAGCAGCUAAGCCCACCACAGGAUAGGAGCCACCAGCUGGGUCUUCCCCAGUCCCAACCCCUGCCCCACAGUGAUUACUUCUCUGCCAGCUGCCUGGGCACCCGAAACAUACUGCUGGAGAGGGUCGCAUAACUGCUCGUGUCUUUCCUUUGCUUUCCCCUCAAAAAGACAUUUUUCUGCAGGGAAGCAAAGAAAUCUGCAGGGGACAUACAUUCUGCACGUGUGCAGUGAUGCAGAAUUCCCCCCGGAGCAUAUAAGAACUUUUCACACACACUCUCACUCACACUAUGACAACUUUCAUACAUCUGUCAUAAAUCCAAAGUAGGAGCUGAGUCCAGGUGCUUCACUCCAUGAUUUAGAUUUAUAUCUUUGUUCUUUCCUAUGGCCUAUAAAUUUGGGGGCACAUGUGACAUCCAUCUUGCCUAAUAACUAAGAACAUCUUUCAAACAGCUGCAGGUGAAGAUUACGUAAUUUUAAGGGCACAGGCAUUAAGAAUGAUGUUCGCCUGAUCUCUGGAGCAGCAGCAAAAAGAAUCAAGAACAUUAUGAAAAUUAUGAGAUAGUUGAUAAAUGAGGUGGUGAGUAUGCAGAAAGAAAUAGAGAGAGCCUUAUUCUAUAAAAAAAUUAAAUUAUGCAAACAAACAUAACUUUCUCAAGGAUAAGGAAAAAGUAGCAGAGACACUUUUGCAUGUUCUUCUGUUUUUCUAGAAUGUGUGUGCUUUACCUUGAAAACGAAUCCUUCCGGGCAGGUAUGAUCAUACUUGUAAACCUUGUAGACUACUAGAAAUACAACACAUGUUAGGAAUGCAAGGGCAAAAAGGACCAGAACAGUUACCUGCAAGGAGAGAAAAUACAACAUUUUUGUUACUAAUGCAUUGCUUAUUACAUUAUCACUCAUUCAUGUACUUAACACCUGUCUAGUAUCAGUGUGCUUUGCAAUAAAAGAAAAAAAAUCAAACAGAUCGAACAGGUAAUUAACCACUAAGUGGUGAACAGAGUAGCAAGAGUGCCCCUGUUCCUCCCAAUUAGAGAAGCCAUAAGAUAGUUCCAGUCAUUUGUUCAUUGCCUAGAGGGCUGUUGUGACAAUUGGGCCUAUAACUGUGUCUGCUUGGGAAUUAAACCAUGAAAAGUUGGUCAAAUAAUUACCAGACACAAAAACUGCAUUAGUCCAAACAAAAAGGACAAUUAAUAUAACUCCAGGACUAUGUUGAGAUCAUGCUUGGUAAACAAGAAAGUGUCUGGAAAUUAAUGGACCACAAUUGGUGUGUUGGAAACUUAGCCUUGUUUUGUCCCUCAGUUAUGAGGGGAUGGGCUGUUCCACCCAUCACUCCCUUUUGGGGUCCUUAAAGAAAGUCUUUGAGAGGAAGAGGAAGAACAGAAGGCGGCUACUGGAGUAAGCUUCACCAUCAUAGUUGCCAUCCCCACCAUCUCCUGGGACCCCAGGCCGUCGUCGUCCUGAUCCUGAGAGAUAUCUUGACCAUAUCAGGCCAGAGAGAGUGACCCAGAUGACAUCACCACCUCUACCAGUCCAGCUGAAUCCCAACCACCACCUGGGAUUCAAUGGUAUCGGAUUUUAACAGCAACAGUCACAACAACUUUUCCUGCCCAUCUCAACUAGCUUCUCUUUACCCCAAAAGGACAGUUAUUACCAUCUAAGAGACUGUCAAACAAGGGGGGGUUCCUUCUAAAAAUCUCUCUCCAGCCAAAGGGAUGUUGUUAAUAUGAAAACCUCACUACUGUACAUUUCAAGUGUUUUAACUGUUUUUCUUGCUUUUCUUUAAUAAAAAGUUAAAAGAA